AUGGUCACAAAACUUGAACUAUUGGUAUCCUCUGAAGACGAAUAUGUGUCUCUUUUGACACAGAUGCAGCGUCUGCUAGAGCCCCGUCAAAUGAAUGGCACUACAACCAAUACGUCCAGCUGUGACCCAUUGAACAGGCUUCUACGCGAGUCAGCUACGUUGAGUGCUACAUGCAGAAAACUGCUGCAAAAACAUGCCGGUCUAGCUCAGCAACGGCUCUACUCGGGUUUGGACUUUAGCAGAGUGCUUACCAGCUGGCUGGAAGACAACGAACUGCAACAAUUAUAUUCUACGCUUCUCGAGAAAUCCACUACUCUUAUCUUCGAAACGAAUAAGGCCAUCCUUCUUCAGCGGUUCUCACCGGUAUCCGAGCUCACAAGGCUCUUGCUAGCCGUAUCUCGAAGAUUGCAAGAGAUGGCCUCAUCAUGCAUGUCGCCAAACGAUAAAGUCCUUGCAAUGACCAGAUUGUUCGAAGAGCGAUUUCUGACCCAAUGGAACCGCAUGGAUUGCAAUUCUUUCCGAUAUGACGAUGUAAAGCCUUUGCUAAGUCAGUUUCAAGGUCCCAUUAGUGCACCAUUGGUAGAUGCUGCCAAUUCAAGGCAAAGAGGCUAUUUCAAACUGACAUUGCCGAAGUUCGGAUACCACGACCACCUGGUAGAGCUUCUUCAAUUAAGAACUGGGGAGCUAGGGAUCUACACGGUGACUUCAGGGCAUCUUUCACCGAUGUCUGUGGAUCAGAUUGCGCAUCUUGUGCUUGUCAGCCAGAAUUUCAAGUCAGUGCAGUUGGGUAGGUCACUACUUUUCCCAGUCCUGAGACCAAGUGAUCUCAAGAUAAUCUCUGUGAGCCGCAACAGUAUCGAACUGGAAGCCAAGACCGACAACGGUGUCAAGCUCACGCUGGUUGCACUUGAUUCCUCACAAUGGAAUAACAGUUGGAAGUCAUACCUCAAUAUGAUGUUUUCUGAAGGCUCUCACGAGGCGAUCUUGCCUUCUGAGCAACAAACUUCCUCUUCACUACCACUGACCAGAUCAACGCACUAUUUGGAAAUUUUAAAGGCUAAGCACGACAAACUUUCCGCUCUUCGCCCUGACGAUGUCGCAGGUCUGGGGUUCAGCAUAAAAGACACCCCUUCACAACCAAGCAAAGUCGUGGAUUCACGCAAUGUCUCCCAAUUGCAUAAGUCAAAACCUCUGGAUGGUUCAUUGAUGUCACCAGUCUCUUCCCUUCAUGCUCUGGAGGAUUUGGAUGAUUUGGGAUGCGAAUCGCUGCUUCAACUGGAUCAUGACAUCAAUAUGCCAGAGUCACCAGUCUCACAUUUCGAACAAAGCUUCAGCGCUCAGAACUUCAAAAGGGUCGAUUCCGGUUCAUCAGUAUCGAGAGAGGAAGUUUCUUCCGGUGAAUACGCGGAAGACGGUGAAAGCAUUGUGUCGUCUGUGGACGAUGGAAAAGACGAGGAAGCUUUCGAUUUGAGCACCGAGUUCUAUAGACCACAAUUGACCAGAAGGAAAUCAUCAUCGCUAUUGAGUAUCUUCAGCUCGAAUAAAGCAAAAUCCUCGUCUAAAUUGUCCAAGAGUUUGGCGCUGGAGCUUCCGUCUGGGAACUCAACUGCAAGCCUACUAAAAGUUCCCAGAGUACAAUCACCUGCGAAUGAAACAUCUACUACCUCUCAGCAGGACGAAUAUUGUGUUCUCCCUGCUGAGAUUAAUGUUAAUGAAGGCUUCCAAAUAUGUGACCAUAACGUCAAAGUAUCGCAUUGGUAUGCCAACAGUUGGAAAUUACUCUCUUUCCAAUCUCUGUCUUUUAAGCUACAUGAAACUACUGAAGGUAAGGUUGUGUGUAUGCUUUGCAGCACUAAAGACAACAGAAAGCUGAAAAUUUGCGCGUUUGUGACACCAGACUGGAAGGUCACCAGACCAGCAGCACAGGAUGUGCAAUUGAGAAUUCCAAGCACCAGCUUUCUCGCUUCAACUCUGCCUAACGGUCCUUCUGUCAUCAGUCUAAGAUGUCAACAAAUUGACAAGUUGAUGAACACAUUGCACCACUGCAUUAGACAGAACCUUCCUUCGAGGAUACGAGCCUCGAACACUUCGGGCACUCUGUCUACCACAUCAUCUACAUUCAGUGCGAUGGAUAAAUCCGUGUCGCGCUCGGAUACAACUUCCACAGGUCUGUCAUCGAUUGCACAAGAUAUUUUUAGCCGCUACAAGGAAGAAACCAUUUCCCUUUUACUUUUGUCCAACGUCAAAGUUCGACUUCAUCACAGAAAUGGUCAGGCAGGGUGGGAAAUCAAGGAUAAAGGUUUGCUAGGCCUGUACUCGCAGGAAUUGCGGGGCCAUAUCAUAGGCAUGAAAUUCGAUAUUAUAAUGGGAAGCGCGAAGAAGCAAGAAUACGUGAGUAAAAUGGGUGACAUCAAAAGAAUUGGCCGGACCGGAAUUUCAUUGGUUCACGAUGACAGCGAUUACCUGGUCGAGUUUAGAAAUCAGAUUGUCGCUAACGAAGUCUUUAAAUUGAUUUCAUGCCUGAUAUAA